UGUUGUUUAACCGAUAGCAAAAUGGAAGAAGAUGAAAACAACAUGGCAAAUGACAAGCAUGUACUAUUUGCUCAACGCACUGUAGCAAAGCGACUACACACCAAACUUAUUACUCGAAUCGGAAACCUCUUAAAGGAUAAGCCAAGUGCAAACGAUCUAAGAAGCUAUUUCGCCGACCUUGAAGAAGCUUUAAGAAGAAUAAUAGCUCUCCAUACGCGUUACACCAGCAGGCCAAAUUUAACUGAGGAAGAAGCAGUGGCUACCACCGCCUGGCUUAAUGACGUCCAAGAAUCCAACGAAAGCUGUCUGCACAGAAUGAAAGCAUACCUUUCGGCUAUAGAUCACAAAUCAUCAAGGAAAGGAAAGAGACAGUGUACUCAGUGGAAUGUGAGUCAGCAUAAGAGUCAUGUUGAAAAUGAUGUAUCGGAAUCUAGCAAACACUCUCAAUUGCCACUAGUUGACACGAACAUAGAUCUUGAAAUGCAGCUGCAGCAAGCUAGGUCCAAACACGAGCACACACUCGCCGAAGUGAAAAGAAGAGGAGAGGAAAAUUUAAGCAAAAUCCAAGCAGCAAUCGAUGAAAGAAACGGUUCCAUACAAAGAAAUCGCCAAUCAAUUGCUCAACCAUUCACUUCUACACCCAUUGCAUCAGCAUGUGCUAGUCUACUUGAUCGACAGCCACAACGGUACUUACAAUUUAACACAACAUCUCAUAGAGAGGGACAAUCACCGGCAAUACAAUACUCAUAUCCCCCACCUGGUCCAUCCAGCUAUCCACCGCCAGCACACUGGCCCAAAAUACCGAUUUCAAAAUUCAAUGGCGACUGUCGCCGCUGGCCAGCUUUCGCCCAAGUAAUGAGAGCAACAAUAGAAGAAACUGCACUACCAGAUCUCUACAAGGUGCUAGCUUUGCGCGAAAAUCUGACUGAAGACAUUCAGAAGAGAAUGGCACACCUCUUCAACGAUGGUCCAACCUUUCAGAAACGGUGACUUUAAGUCGCUUGCUGAACUCGCCUCUCUCGUCCGAGAUGCAGUAUCAAGUGUAGCCGGAGAUCCAAGCAUGAUAGAAUUCACGCACUCAAUAGUAGUC